CGGUGAUGCUCAGCGCCUGCAGUUUGAGGGGAGAGGCGAGUUGAAUCUGAUGUGACUCUAACCACUACCGAAGAAGAAGCAUUUAAUCUGAGACACCACUGAAGAAGAAGAAGAAGAAUCACAGCAGGGGGCAUUAGGACCAUGAUUCUGAGCGUCAGCCUGUGUGUGGGGGUUCUGGUCCUGGUCAGUCCGGCUUCCUGUCAGACCGCCUCGGGCCCGGUUCAAGACCUGGUCCAGAGGAACGUGGACUUCGGGGCCCGGCUGUACCGAGCCGUCGCCGCCCGCUCCGACGGCAACGUGCUGCUGGCUCCGCUCACGCUGUCCUCCGCUCUGAGCGCGCUCAGUGGAGCCGCCACCGGGUCCACGGCCCAGCAGCUGCUGGAGGGCCUGAACCUGAACGGACUGGACCCCCAGACCGUCCCAGAACUGUUUCAGAGUCAGCGGGGUCUGGUCCGAGUCCUGGACCUGAAGCAGGGCGUGGGAGUCUUCCCUGCGCAGACCUUCCAGGUGUCGUCGGCCUACACAGACUUGGUCCAGAAGCUGGGGGGGGUGGUCCAGACCCUGAACUACGACCCCCCGCAGGAUGCUGCUGACACCAUCAACCGCUGGGCCCAGCUCGAGACCGCAGACCAGGUCCAGGACCUGGUGACUAACCUGGACCCCCAGACCCAGCUGCUCCUCGGCACCGCCGCCGCCUACCAGACACGGUUCCAGCCGGCCUUUAACGCGAGCGUCACUCUGGACGAGCGUUUCUUCGCGGAUAAGUAUCACGUGGUCGUGGCUCCGAUGAUGAUGCGGACCGAUAAGUACUUCCUGGCGUACGACCGCUCACUGAAGGUCGGCGUGCUGAAGCUGCCGAUGGCGGACGGGACGGCCAUGUUGGUGGUACUGCCCGACGAGGACGUGGACGUCACCGCCGUGGAAGAGGACUUGACGGGCGAGAAGAUCCGGAGCUGGAUCCGACAGCUGAAGAAGACGAAGCUGGAGGUGCAGAUGCCGCGCUUCCGGUUGGAGAGCUCGUACUCUCUGAGCGACGUCCUGCAGACGCUGGGGAUCACGCAGGCGUUCCAGGACACUGCCGACCUGAGCGGCAUGGGCGCAGCUAAAAGUCCCACGCUGACGCAGGUGGUCCAGAAAUCCGUCGUCUCUGUGGACGAGAGUGGCGGCGCCUCAGACGACCGAGUCAGCACCUUCUCGUCUCUUCCUCCUCGACUCACCAUCAACAGACCCUUCCUCUUCAUCGUCUACGAGCCGGCCAGCGGCAGUGUGCUGCUGAUGGGCCGCGUGGUCGACCCCACCAAGAAAUAAUCACCUGUACCUGUCAAGCCCCCCCAACCCCCCAACCCCCCACCCCCAUACUCACUGUUACCUGCUAACAUUUACCUGCUAACUGGCUCUCCGGCCACUCUAAGGUCAAAGACUUUACUCACAGUACAGUGUGACAUUUAUCAUGUAGUACUAUCAGUAUCAGUAGUAGUACUAUCAGUAUCAGUAGUAGUACUAUCAGUAUCAGUAGUAGUACUAUCAGUAUCAGUAGUAGUACUAUCAGUAUCAGUAGUAGUAUUAUCAGUAUCAGUAGUAGUACUAUCAGUAGUAGUACUAAUAGUCUCUAAUGUUGUAAUAACGCUGAGUGGUCACUAAUGUAACUCUGGUUCUAUGAGUUCUCUGUUAAGACUGAUGACAUCAUAUUGUAUCUGUAUGUAACCUGUGUGCAGUAGUGGUCUUCACAUGGUGGUCUUCACAUGGUGGUCUUCACAUGGUGGUCUUCACAUGGUGGUCUUCACAUCGUGGUCCUCACAUCGUGGUCUUCACAUCGUGGUCUUCACAUCGUGGUCUUCACAUUGUGGUCUUCACAUCGUGGUCUUCACAUCGUGGUCUUCACAUCGUGGUCUUUAUAGGUCUAAAAUAUUGGAUCUGUCCUGAAACUGA